AUGGUUUGUGUAAUGGAUCCGAAAGUAGGGCCAAACGGUGAAAAUCUGAAGUGGGAACCGACGCAAAUUCCUUCAACGAAGCUAUUUGUAAAUAUCUCAACGUCUGCAGAAGAGCCCUUAACUUCUUACGAGGAUAUGAAUUUUGUUAAGACCCGNGCUAAUUCACAUAUAUGGAUAACUGCCAGAUGGAAUGUCUUUUCUCCUUAUUUUAACCAGUGUGAAUUUUCAAAAACUCAUUUCUUCUCUCUUUCGCUAACGAAGAAAUUUCAAAUAAAAAUAAUGAUAUCAACACUAUCGGUAAUUGCUCUUGUCAUCUGGUUGAGAUCAACAACCUAUACUGUAAACGGAGAUGCACUGUACAGGGAAAAAAUAUCAAACCAGACUCACACUUUCACCUUCAAACAGUUUGUUAAUGCUUAUCACGAAUAUAAUGAGCAGUUCAGAGAGGGAGAUUUAGUUCUUUUCAGUGGGAAGUUUACGCUAGAUGAAAAAAAAUUAAUGGUCAGUAACAUUGCAUUUUUUGUAGCUAAAACAACCAUAAAAAUUAAAAAAAAUACUUAUUUUUUUGCGUGUGGGUAG